CUGUAAUUGCUUUCCAACUCACUCUUAGCUCCUCUCUCUUUCUCUCUCAUCUGUCUCUCGCUUCGUGCGCCUUCUCUUCCUUUCCUCUCACUGUUGAUCUUCCUCGUUCUCAAUCUGCUUCUUCCUCCCUCUCUUCUGAGAUAUGUAAAGAGAAAGAAGGAAAGGUAAUGGCGCAGUUUGGAUUUGUACUUGUGAGUUUUCUCUCUGUUUCUCUGCUACUUGGUCUCAGUCAUGGCGGAGACCCCUUCGAUUUUCUUGAUUGGGACUUCUCCUACAUCACUGCUUCUCCUCUAGGCGUCAAGCAGCAGGUGAUUGGGAUUAAUGGGAAGUUUCCUGGCCCUACUGUCAAUUGGACUACGAAUUGGAACGUGGUUGCGAAUGUUAAUAACAAUUUAGAUGAGCCUUUACUAAUCACAUGGAAUGGCAUACAGCACAGGAGGAAUUCUUGGCAAGAUGGGGUGUUGGGUACAAAUUGCCCAAUCCCUGUUGGGUGGAACUGGACUUACCAGUUUCAGGUUAAAGACCAAAUUGGGAGCUUUUUUUACUUCCCGUCAACUCGUUUCCAAAGAGCAGCAGGAGGAUAUGGAGGGAUUAUCGUUAAUAACAGGGCCAUUAUAGCGGUACCUUUUGGCACCCCAGAUGGGGAUAUUGCCAUCUUUAUUGGUGAUUGGUAUACACGAAAUCACACGGUUGGUAACCUCAACCAUGAUUUGAGACAAGCACUUGAUGAUGGUAAAGACCUGGGCAUGCCAGAUGGUGUUCUCAUUAAUGGGAAGGGUCCCUAUCGUUACAAUGAUACACUUGUUCCAGCCGGCAUUGAUUAUGAGACUAUACUUGUCCACCCAGGUAAAACAUAUCGAAUUCGGGUACAUAAUGUUGGAGUCUCCACUAGUCUCAACUUCAGGAUCCAGAAUCACAACAUGGCUCUUGUAGAGACAGAAGGCUCAUACACAAACCAAGUGAAUUUCACAACCAUGGAUAUACAUGUGGGCCAGUCUUACUCUUUCUUGGUCACUAUGGAUCAGAAUGCUAGUAGUGAUUACUAUAUCGUGGCGAGUGCUCGGUUUGUGAAUGAAACAACAUGGGCUAGAGUUACAGGUGUAGCUAUAUUGCACUAUUCCAAUUCCAAAGGUCCCGCCUCUGGCCCUCUUCCAGAUCCACCUAAUGAUUUUUAUGACAAAACUUGGUCAAUGAAUCAGGCGAGAAAUGUCAGGUGGAAUGUUUCUGCUGGUGCUGCGCGACCGAAUCCUCAGGGUUCCUUCAGAUAUGGUUCAAUCAAUGUGACUCAACUCUAUGUGUUAAAAAACAAACCGCCCGUUAUGAUAGGAGGGAAGCGUCGGACUACAUUGAAUGAGAUAUCGUUCAGUUAUCCCCCCACUCCUCUUAAGCUUGCGGACCGCUAUAACAUUUCAGGUGUCUAUAAGAUGGAUUUCCCAACACGGCCCACUAAUGGCCCACCAAGGAUUGGAACAUCCAUCAUUAAUGGUGAUUACAAGGGAUUCAUGGAGAUCAUCUUACAAAAUAAUGAUACCUCAGUUCAAAAUUAUCACAUGGAUGGUUAUGCUUUCUUUGUUGUUGGGAUGGACUAUGGAGAGUGGACAGAGAACAGCAGAGGAUUAUAUAAUAAGUGGGAUGGAGUUGCUCGUUGCACUACCCAGGUGUUCCCAGGUGCAUGGACAGCGAUUCUAGUUUCACUUGAUAAUGUUGGCAUGUGGAACCUACGUGCUGAGAAUUUGGACACAUGGUACCUUGGCCAGGAAGUUUAUAUCAGGGUUUUCAACCCAGAGAUUAACAACAAGACAGAGUUGCCAGUUCCUGAUAAUGCCUUAUAUUGUGGGGCUCUUGCACACUUGCAAAAGCCCCAAGAUCACCAUUCCAAGUCUCUGGGGUCGUCUUUGAUGACUAAUGGGAGAGAAAAGAUACUGUUUCCUGUGCUUGUCCUGCUCAUUGGGGCUGUCAUUAUGUUUUGAUUCCAGAAAAGAGUUUUCCUUUUGAUUGAUUAGAGAGAAUGAUAGGGAAGACAAUGGACUUGGCUUGAUUGAGUGUUUAACUGUUCAUGUUAUGUGCGGAUAGAGAGGCCUGUUGAUAUGAUUUCUUUGGUGGUUUUGACGCGUUUGUUACAAUGGUUGUCUGGUUCUACAUCCCAUUGUGAUACCCAUGUAAUUUGGGGUUAUUCGGGUUGCAGUGCUACCUAUUUUUUCUCUUUUCUUUUUCCUUGAAAUUCAUGUACUGAAGAUUCAAUUCAAUUCAACUUCUUAUCCUGGCAUCACCCAAUGGUGAGCUUGUAGUGAAUGAAUGUGGAUUCAAGUUACUGCCUGUUA